AUGCGAGCAAGGGGAGACAAUGGUUUGAUGGAAGAAGAUGAUGUUGACGCUAUUAUCGCGGAAAACGGUGUUGACUGCGAAAGCGAUUCCGAUCUUCCUCAAACCUCCGUGACUUUGCCACCGCUGCUCAGUCCGGUGACGUCGUCGCCUUGCGCACCGCCAUUGGAUAGAGAAGCAAAACAAAAGAACUUCAACAAUUUGAAUGGGAGAGUUGAUGAGCCCCUUGAGGAUAAUGACUCGGCACUUCACCUUGCGUGUCUAUAUGGUCACCUCCCUUGUGUUCAGCUUCUCCUGGAGAGAGGUGCUAAUAUGGAGAUCAAAGAUGAAGAUGAAGCCAUUCCUCUACAUGAUGCUUGUGCUGGAGGAUACUUAGAAAUAGUAGAGCUUCUUUUUUAG